CCCAUACCCAUUUCAAAAGCUUUUAUAAGAAGCACUUAGUAAAUAGUAGCUAAUACUGUAAAAACAUACUUAAAUUAAAAAAAAAAACAAAAGAUACGCAUAUGCAAAGAUACACAAAUAGUAUUUAAAAUGCCAAUAGGAAGUAUUAUAAAAAAAGCAUCAAGCUUUAUACUCGGUGAAGAAAUAAUUAAUAAAAAAAUCGAUAUUUCUUACGAAGACAACGAAAUUCUCUUCUGCAAGAACAAUGUAUGCAUUCAUCCGCCUACAAUCGCUCGUCAUGAAUUCGAUAUAUUGCACAACCCAGGUUAUUUAACAUGCACUACAAAAACAUUUGUUGAUCAGUAUAACUGUGCUAAAAGGCCUACUCUUCUUCUCACAUGGAUCCCAAACUCUUCCCUAUGUAAAUAUACGACUUCGUCUAAGGGAGAUUCCAGGGACAAUUUCAGUCCUAUGAGAAAAAAGACAGAUUUAAGCAAUAAACACUGUUUUUUAGCGGGGUCUCAGACGACUAAUGAAAGCGACGUCCGAGAGGAAGAUGAGGACGCGUCGGAAAUGCAAGAAUUAAAAAAUGAACUACAGCCUUUGCUCGGCGGACAAACUGCAUCAAUAGAUGAUUUAACAGCGCUCCUGAAAAAUAACCCAAUAACUUCAGUGAAUAUAACAAUUUCGAAUCCCCAGAUCGAAAACACCAAUAUUUCACAAUCAUUCAACUGUAUAACAAUAAGGACAGACGGGGAUAACAGCGGUGACUGCUUCAGCGGAAACAGUGGCCAUUUAAACUCUGUUGGCCCGGCAUCUGAGGACAACAACCCAAAAUGGAUGACCCCAGAGCUACUUGCCUUUAAGCACAACUUAGAGUUCCCAGAAAGUGAAAACACGAAGACAGCCGUUCGCCGAAACACCGCACUACAGUGUCGACGUUUUUCCGUAGAUUUAAGUCAAAUGCGAUCACUCCGUCUCUUUUUCAAUGACAACAACUGCACAUCGGGUCAGCUGGUAAUUGCAUCCCGAGAAUCUCAGUACAAGAUACUUCAUUUCCAUUAUGGUGGUUUGGAUCACUUGGCCCAGGUACUUCAUCAGUGGCAUUGUUUUUUGCACAACAUCACUUUGGCCACUUGUCCAGAAAAAUUCGAUCUGCCAUACAGGCAUUUUAUGGUCUGUCGUCCUGAAGUCAAGAAAUCAGAAAUGCAUCCCGAUGAGGGCGACGUAAAGAAAAUAACUACGAACUUUUUCUACGGAACAUUGUUAAACGAAAAAGGACAGAUCGAAGAUGAUUUGUUGCUUCGGAAAUGUGUAUUUUUUGGCGGCCUUGAAAAGAGCUUACGAAAAACGGUAUGGCCAUUUUUAUUAAAGUGCUAUUCCUGUUCGUCGACAUUUGAAGAUCGAGCAGUCCUCAUGGACAUAAAGCGACAGGAGUACGACGAAAUAACACGAAAGCGUCUAUACUCAAUGUCUCCAGAGCAACAAGUACACUUUUGGAAAACCGUACAGUGCGUUGUUGAAAAAGAUGUUGUACGUACAGAUCGCACCAAUCCUUUUUUCUGUGGGGACGAUAACCCCAACACCGAGGUUAUGAAAAACAUUCUGCUCAACUUCGCUAUUUAUAAUACUGGGCUGUCCUAUUCUCAGGGUAUGAGUGAUUUACUAGCGCCUGUAUUAUGCGAGGUGCAAAAUGAGUCUGAAACAUUCUGGUGCUUCGUUGGAUUAAUGCAACGUGCAUUUUUUGUAUGCACUCCCACAGACAGUGAUGUCGACCAUAAUCUUAGUUAUCUGCGAGAGCUAAUACGGCUUAUGCUGCCACGUUUCUAUGAACAUUUGGAACACCAGAACGAUUCUAUGGAGCUCCUAUUUUGUCACCGAUGGCUUUUGCUUUGUUUCAAGCGAGAAUUUACCGAAGCUGUCGUAAUACGCAUGUGGGAGGCCUGUUGGUCAAACUAUUUGACUGACUACUUUCAUCUAUUUCUUUGCUUGGCCAUAAUAGCUGUCUAUGCCGAGGACGUGAUAGCUCAAGGAUUACGUGCGGACGAAAUGCUACUGCACUUCAGUUCCCUGGCCAUGUAUAUGGAUGGACAACUGAUUCUUCGGAAGGCUCGUGGUCUUCUACACCAAUACCGUCAAAUACCCAAAGUUCCGUGUACCUUAAGCGGCCUAUGUAAGCGAUGUGGACCUGGUAUGUGGGACUCUGAGCAUCGACCUGCACUUGAGUGUGUCGGGCAUAGUGAUGACGAAAAAUGUUCUCUUUCCAUUGACUAGCUGAUUUCCGAUUCCAUCAAUUCAAAAAAAAUUUGUAUGUCGAUGCAUUUUUCAUUACCAAAAGCAGUAAUGGCCGUAUCCCCCUACAGUUCAAGACUAAUCUACCGUGGAAAAUAGACAACGAUAAAUUUGUGAAACACACGCACAGCUGAUUCUCAUUAACCAACAUAUUCUUUUAGAGUAAGAAUUUAUUUUUUCUCUUAUGCUGCGCUCCCUCCAGAUCGACUAUAAAUCUAAACUAAAGCGAAUAUUUCUCUCGCUUACCCUGCACGCUUUUUCGCAUAAGGUUUUUAUAUCAGUGCACUCUGCCUUCACUUGAAGGAAUACUGCCAUUAUCAUAUUUUUUGCUUUUUACCCAGAUUGGCACUAAUAUUAAAUACAUUUGUUUGUAAUCCUCAUUUUUUUAAGCUUAGAUAAAAUCUGUUUUUCUUAAAAAGUUCUAUCCAUGGCUAAUUUAUGUUUUUAAAUCAAAGGAAGAAUCUCUAUAUGUAUUAUUAAAGUAUUAAUACAAACGAUCGACCAAAAACAAAAAGUUGUAAGAAAAACCUUUGCUUUUGAAAAGAAUCCAACGAUGCAUAUUCAUAUGCUUUACUACCUGCAUUCAAGUAACUCACAACACUUCGGCCCAAGGAAAAUACUGUUUGGUGUAGUUCCCAUUCAGAAAGUCGAAAAGAAAGUCGGUUUUCACAUUCCCUUUGCUUUUAACGUUUCAGCAAAAAGUCAUACAUUUCAUUUCAAGGCGAUGUUAUACCCACGCUGUUAUACCCCCGCUGUUAUACCAGCGGGGUAUACAUCACAUUUUUUUGAGAAAGUGAAACCCGGAGCUUGCCUGAAUAACCUUUUCUCCUGAAACUGCUUAACUAACUUUACAUUUGUGCUUAUGUCGUCUUUUACAAAGCUUAGUAAGACCAUUUUUACCCUCUUGACGCCUCAAACAUGGCUAGUGUGUGCAUUAUCCUCCCGUGGCGAGGAACUGUAGUAACUGUAGUAAAUACUUAUGCCAUACUCCUACUGGGACUUGUUUUGUUUCAUUCCUAUUGAAGAUACAUACUAUAUACCACAGUGCCAUGAUCUACCUUGAAUUGAAGGAAAUCUACAUAUGUGUCAAGUCAUGCUUUUUUUAAUGAUCGAACUUUAACGGUAUACAUAGGUGUAAACUGUAGUGCGUCUAAGGGCCGGUUUCUUGACUUCGGGUUGACAUUAAUCGGAAGAAAAUUGGUUUUCCCAAGAGCUCAAGCAAAGGUAAACUUGUUCAGCUUUACAAAAACAUUAUAAUUAUAUUUAUAUUCAUAUAAUAUUACAGUCUACCAAUUAAUGUAUGUAUAUUGCAAUGAAUACAAAAUGUAUUGGAACUUGGUCCAAACACCUUGCCUAAAUGCUUGUUUUAAAAAUUAGUUUUAAUUGCGUGUCUUAAAAAUUUGUUUUGUUAAAAUUGUUAUAAAAUAUGGACGUAUAUAUAAAGAUAUCGGCAGAGAAAAUAAAGUGCUAAAGGCGUACAAAUAGG